UAGUGAAAUGUGGAAGUUCAGGAGGUCCAAAGAAGUCCAAAGCCAGCAGAAGCUCUCCCCGAUUUACUCAGUUGUAGACAAAACCCUCUGUUCACACAGUUGUGUAGGAGCUGUUAGAAGUCUGAAAACACAAUCAGAUUGCCAUAAAAAUAACUAUAACAGUCUCAAAACUAUUUCAGAGCCAGUGAUGUUUUUAUUCUCUGAAAGAGUCCUCAUGUAAAGUGUUACACAGGUGUCGUGCUGGCCAAGCUAGAUGGAAACAAUACCGGAAAGAGAACCCUCUAAGACAGUUCAGUAGAGUUCAUUGUAACACACUGUGGAGUAGCAGCAGAGUCCUGCUUUGAAAUGAUGUCACUAGUAGAUUUGGGAAAGAAACUUUUAGAAGCUGCACGAGCAGGUCAAGAUGACGAAGUUCGCAUUUUGAUGGCAAAUGGAGCACCUUUUACCACAGACUGGCUGGGAACAUCUCCACUUCAUUUAGCAGCACAGUAUGGACACUACUCAACCACGGAGGUGUUGCUGCGAGCAGGUGUAAGUCGGGAUGCCAGAACCAAAGUGGACAGAACUCCAUUACAUAUGGCAGCAUCAGAAGGCCAUGCCAGCAUAGUAGAAGUCUUACUUAAGCAUGGUGCUGAUGUCAAUGCCAAGGACAUGCUCAAAAUGACUGCACUUCACUGGGCCGCUGAGCAUCACCACCAAGAAGUUGUAGAACUCUUGAUAAAGUAUGGAGCAGAUGUUCAUGCUCAGAGUAAAUUUUGCAAAACAGCAUUAGAUAUUGCAGUAGACAACGGGAACGAAGACAUUGCAGAAAUAUUACAGAUUGCAAUGCAGAACCAAAUCAACACAAACCCAGAGAGUCCGGACACUGUGACGAUACACGCAGCAACACCACAGUUCAUCAUUGGACCUGGAGGGGUGGUGAACCUAACAGGUCUGGUAUCUUCUGCAAAUACAUCCAAUGGAACAGAUGAAACAGGAGUGUCUGCUGUACAGUUUGGAAAUUCAUCAACAUCAGUAUUAGCUACGUUGGCAGCUUUAGCAGAAGCAUCAGCUCCCCUGUCUAAUUCUUCGGAAACACCAGUUGUGGCCACAGAAGAAGUUGUGACUGCAGAAUCUGUGGAUGGGGCCAUUCAGCAAGUUGUCAGUUCUGGAGGUCAGCAGGUUAUUACUAUAGUUACAGAUGGCAUUCAGCUGGGUAACCUGCAUUCCAUUCCAACCAGUGGAAUAGGGCAACCCAUCAUUGUGACCAUGCCAGAUGGACAGCAAGUAUUAACAGUCCCAGCAACAGACAUUGCUGAAGAAACUGUGAUAAGUGAAGAACCGCCAGUGAAGAGACAGUGCAUUGAGAUUGUUGAAAAUCGUGUGGAGUCUGCAGAAAUAGAAGAAAGAGAAACUCUUCAGAAACAGCUGGAUGAGGCAAACAGAGAAGCACAAAAAUACCGUCAGCAGCUUCUAAAGAAGGAACAAGAAGCAGAGGCCUAUCGGCAGAAGUUAGAGGCAAUGAACCGCCUCCAGACUAAUAAAGAAGCUGUUUAAUAAAAAAUGAACACACUGCAAAGCCUGUUACUUUCAAAAACCUGCAGUACAAUCUUGAACUGUACAUGAUAUAGGUACAGACAUGGGAUUUCAUGAUAGAGAAGAUGCUACAAGUUGAUAACUGGACUUAAGCCGUGAGCUCUGAUUAAUUUCUUGUAACAUAAAAACUCUGAAUUUAGAAAUUGUGAAAAGUAUUUAAAAUUAAAUACUGUAAAUAGUUGGUUUUUUUACAGUUUCAAAAUAAGUUGAUAAAUCUUUUUGAAGGGAUCCAGAAACAUGAAAAGCCAAUGUUUUUGUGAAAUUUUUGAUUUUAGUAUGAAUCUACUUCUGAAAAACAGAACAGUUUUAAGGGUGAUGUUGAUUUAAGCUUGAAAAUUGAUUAUGUGACAAAAUUAAUUAACAGUUAUUUCUACAUGAUAACAACUCAAACAACUUCUCUGAAUAAGACAUUUCCAGGUGGAAAUCUUUGUACAGCUUUAAGUAGUUGUCUCAGAUUCUCUGAAAACCAUUUUUGGGUUUUUUUUAUUUUAGGUGGUGAAAUUUUUAUAUUUAAUUUCAGAUAUAUCCAAGUAGAUUUACAUGUAUAUGAAGCUAAUAUUUUUUAAACUUUUCAGUUUGUACAUAUGCUGCAUGUUUUUAUAAUUUCUACACAUACAUCUUGCAUAGGUAUUUUUCAGCAAAGAUGAGAAAAAUUAUGAGAAAAAUGUUUAGCCUAUAGGUCAUUUGAAGUAAGCUAGCAGCCAGUUUUAUCGUGGAUGGUAUAUUUCUUGGAAGAAUGUAAUUUGUAAUUAAGAAGAACAAAAAAGAAUCUUAAUUUACAUAUUAAGAGGCAAAAUUUGGUAGUGGAGGCAUUGAAACUUCACUUUGUGUGUCUUACAAUUUUCCUGUACAAACAUUUUAAAGUUCAGUAAUGAAUAGAAAAGAAUGUCUCCACUGGAACACAAAUAGUAGUUAUUUUAGAAUAUUCCUAUUGAUCUCUCUUCCCCAAUAGCCUUGAAAUUACUUCAGUGAUACAUUUUUUUCUGAACAGACUUUUGCAUUUUAAUUAUGCAAUUGGACAAGUAAUUUUUUUAUGUUGUAGUGAUGCUUUUCCUACCCAGCAUCAUUGUUCCUCACUGUGAUACUGUGUUUGUGUGUGUCUGUGCAGUGAUCUAUUAUGCUUAAAAUUUAUAUGGCACGUUACAUCUUCAGCGCAUUGUAAAAUCUUUUAAAGAACCCUUUCCUAUACUACUUGAGGCAGGUAAGUGUUAUUGUCUCAAUUUUAUAACUGGUAUAAAUGCAACACAAGGGAGUGGUAAAUGACUGGCUUAACACCACAUGAACCUGUGGUCACCUGGGAAUGGAUCUCAGGAGUUCCUGGCUUCUAGUUCUGUGCUUAGACUGAGCUGCCUUAAGACUGUUCAGUGCUGUGUUACAUUAAAUUUUGAACUACUGUGCAGGUUCGUUUUUUGUAAGAUAAAAUUCUUUGUGCUUUGCUUUGUUGUUCCAUGUUCACUGCUUUUAUGGAAUUGUUUAUAUAAACUUAAGCAAAAAGUCUGGUUUAUCUAUACUGUACACGGAAGAAUUACCCUUAAAACUGUACUCUGGCCUACUUUUUCUAUUUUACAAUUAAAUAUCUUUUCCACAUA